UCGAAGGGAAAAACCAACAGCAGAAAAAAAAACAGGGCUAAACGGCAAAGCUUCCUCACUUUCCACUUCCGCUCUAUUUUGCUAAUUCCCAAUUAAACCCGCUCACAAAUGGAAGAGUUGAUCUCACCUUCUUCCUCCUCCUCAACCCCUUCGACUCUUCAGUACCGCCUUCAAUGUCUCCUCAACUCCCGCCCCGAACGGUGGGCCUACGCCAUAUUCUGGCGCGCUUCCCCCGAAAAAACCCUCUUUUCCGUCGGCGACGGCCAUUUCCGAGGCAACGGAAGCCACGGCGGAGACGCUGACGACAUGGAGUGGUUCUAUGCUAUCUCUCUGACCCGCUCCUUCGCCGCCGAGGACCCAAUAUCACCGGCCCGCGCCUACGCCUCUGCUGCUCCCAUCUGGCUUGCCGGAUCCAACGCCCUGACCGCCUCCGGCUGCGACCGCGCCCGCGAUGCUCAGCUCCACGGUAUCCAGACCCUCGUCUACUUGUCAACCCCAGACGGCGUCCUCGAACUCGGCUCCUCCCAUCUCGUUGCCGAGGACUGGUCUAUAGUUCAUCAAGCGCGAGCUUUUCUCUCUGGCAACCCCGCUGUGCUUCAGAAAAACGGCCUCUGGUCGUCCGUUGAAUCAGAGAAUUCAGACUCAGAGGAAAGGAUUAUCUGCCGCCGUAAGCGUGGGAGGACUCCGGGGAAUACUGCAGCGCCGGAGAAUAGCAAUCCUGCGAAUCACGUUGAAGCAGAGCGGCAGCGGCGGGAGAAACUCAACAGUCGCUUCUAUGCUCUCCGCUCGGUGGUGCCUAACGUAUCGAAGAUGGAUAAGGCAUCUCUCCUUGCGGAUGCUGUUUCGUAUAUAAAGGAGCUGAGAGGUAAGGUAGAGGAGCUGGAGAGAGAGGGGAAGAAGGUUAAAAAGGAAGGGUUUUUUGAACAGGGGAGUGGUGGUUGUGGAGGAAUUGGCGGGGAGAUUGCUACCAUUGAAAUGGAGGUGCAGCUUAUUGGCGAUGAUGCCGUGAUUAGGAUGCAGUCGAAGAAUUUGAGCCAUUCGGCGGCGAAGUUGAUGGCGGAGAUGCGGGAGCUUGGUUUGGUUGUUCAGCACGCGACUGUUGUAAAUUUCGACGAGCUGACGCUGCAAGACGUGAUUGUUCGAGUGCCGGAGACUUUUCGGGGCGACGGCGAUAGGUUAAGGCUUGCUCUCCUUGCGAGGCUGGAGAGGAGUCCAUGA